AUGGGUAAUGAUGGAGGUACUAUAGCCAAGAGACAGGACAUCUUAUCUUUGCAUUCCCAAGGUAUCCGAGAUGCGCUGUCUCAUGGCAUAGAAGCAGUCGAAGACAAGGAGAGCACAAUGUUGACGACUUGUGCCAUCUCAUCGCUUCCUCUUUAUAACAAUAAUGAGGAGCUGCCAGUGGUUGGUGACUACAAAGGUAAGCUCUUUUUAAAAGAAAAGAUACUUGAAUACUUGAUAGCGAAGCGUAUCGCAAAAAACGAUGUGAACAAAAGAUUCGAACAUAUUAAUACGAUGAAUGAUUUAUUAGAACUAAAAUUGACAUGGAAAGAGCACGAGGGAAAUCAAAUGCUUGAAUGUCCUAUCACAUUAGGAGUCAAAAUACGUGGUAUGGUGUUUGCUUAUCCAAGAACUUGUGGUUGCGUGAUGUCUUACAAAGUGUUGGCAAAGCUUCUAGAACAAAGUGAAGGCUCAAAAAUAUACUGUCCAUGCUGCAACAAACCCAUGCCUCUUAAACAUAGCAUUGUCAUUAUUAAUCCGAUGGAAAACAGUGAAUACAGUGAAAUAAAUAACGAGAGCUACGAAUACACAAAAAAUCAUUUAAAACUCACGCAUUCAAUGAAACCAAUCAAGCAUAAGAAAAGAUUAAAAAACCAAUCUGAUAAGAAAAGUGAAACUAAUGUUUCAAAUCCAAAAAAACAGAAGACAACUACAUAG